AAACCUCCCUUGACGGUAGUAAUCUUGGGACACGUGGAUGCCGGGAAAUCGACCGUGACAGGACAUUUGUUGUACCGCAACCAGCAAGAGCAACAAUCAUCGUCACCGUCUCUCUACGGUAGAUCGCGUCCGCCGACCAAUUGGGCUUGGUUGUUGGACGAGGACGACCAGGAGCGGGCACACGGGGUGACCAUGGACAUUGCUACCAAGACGAUCGAAACCGCACGGUACAACGUUGUCUUGCAGGACGCUCCGGGACACGCGGACUACGUACCAGCCAUGAUUACCGGUACGGCUUCGGCGGAUGCGGCCCUCCUCGUCGUGGACGCUACGGACGGAGCCGCCCACACGGCCCUCCAAUCGGGACAACUCAAGGAACACGCCUACGUGGCACGAGGACUCGGUGUCAACCAAAUUUUGGUGGUCAUUAACAAAAUGGACUUGGUCGACUGGAGCCAGGAAGUUUACGAAUCGAUGCGAUUCACGCUCGAAACGUUCUUGACGAGUAUUGGAUACGCCGAAUCGAAGCUACGGUACGUUCCCGUUUCCGGAUUGACGGGAGUCAACGUCUAUACGGACAAACGAAAAAGGGUUGACCCCACCACGGCCGCAGAGUACGCAGCGCUAUCAUCCUGGUACGAGAACGGUCCCACCUUGUGGCAAGCUUUGGACGGCUUUGUCGCCCCGGUACGCAAAAACGUAGAAAAGCCAUUGCUCGUAAUUGUGACGGACGUGCUGGGUGAGCAAGGCAAAGGUGUUGCAGUCCGCGCCAAAAUGGCCACGGGUUGGCUAGGCCUGAACGAAACGUUGAUCGUGUUGCCGAUUGGGGACGCCGUCACGGUGCACAAAUUGGCCUCGGUACAGUCACUGGAAGCCUCGGGAUCUCAGUCCAGCGCAACAGAUCGCUCCAAGUACGCUAUUUCGGGUGAACUGGUGGAUUUGACGCUGACCGGCAUUGACGUUAGUCGUAUUUCCACCGGUAGUGUCUUGUGUCGGGAUGAGUGGCGGCCUCCUUUGGGGCGAUAUUGUCGGGCCAAGAUAUGGAUCCUCGACGCGUUGUCCAUUCCCUUGAUCCGUGGUGCGCAAGCCAUUUUCCACAUGCAUCACUUGGAUGUGCCCUGCUACUGUUCCAAGCUGAUUCGGACGUUGCAGAAGGAUGGGGUCACGGUCGCCAAGGAGCGACCGCGGGCUUUGACGGCCAAUACCCAGGCUAUUGUCGAACUGACUUUAUCCAACGCUAUUGCCAUGGAAGCCUUUACGGAUUGUCGCGCGUUGGGACGUUUCGUACUGCGACGGAGCGGUGACAGUGUUGCGGUUGGACGAAUUGAAGAAGUGCUGAUGGUGAACCGAUAA